UCCUAUCCGGAAGGGUGAUAAUUGUUACUCAGUUCUCUUAGAAGAUUCCGGCGACGUGAAAAGACGAUCGUUUUACGGAGGCGGUUUUGUAGCAGGACAUAGUUCUCAGUUCUUGGUUUAACGCAGACUCAAGCAACGGACAUCAUAUCAGUCCCUUGACGGUGUCUUUGUUGUGACGAAUUUCGGGCGGAGUGACACGUUUCUUUAAUGGCAGCUACUGGGCCGACUGAAGGCACAGAUGUCAUCGAUAUCUACGCCGAGGAAGAGCUUAAUCAAGUUGGAACGGAGGAUGGGGAGUUUGUUCGUGAGGCUGAUACUAGUGACCUUUAUGAUGAUGUAUUAACUGGCACAAUCAGCAAUGAAUGGCAAAGAAAGGAGGAAGAAGCACCAGCCUUGCAGAAAAGUGCGCCAUCCAAACCUGACACUAAACCUAAUGUCCCAUACAUGUCAAGUGGUCAAGGACACAAAAGGCUUGCAGUUUACAUUGGUAAUUUUUCUUGGUGGACCACAGAUUUGGACCUCAUUAAGGCUGCGAAAAUGUUGGUGUCAGAGACAUUCUAGAGGUCAGAAUUGCAGAGAAUCGAGCCAAUGGACAGUCAAAAGGCUAUGCAGAGGUUGUGGUGGCCUCACAAAACUCACUCCAUAGACUAAUGGAAGUUCUGCCCCGGCAUAAGGUCAACGGCACAAAAGUGGAAGUACGAUUUGCAACACGUCAAAAUAUUGGUGCGUUUGAGAAUCGGGCUGAGAAAAGGAUGGACCAGAAGAGUCACAGUCAAGAGUCUGGAGUUGAUUUCUUGGGCAGUCCUUUCCCUAUAGCUUCUACAGAGACUGUUGCUUCACUGCCUUACCCUGGAACGAUGACAGCAGUACAUCCCAUUUUUAACCACCCCCCAUUUGUAGCAGAAAUGACCUGUGCCAUACAACCCCCUGGUCUACCUGCAGCUCCUCCUUCUCGUGGAUUUGAAGCAAUAUCUAAUACCCCACCUAUUCACCUGUAUCCAUUUGUUAAUCCUCCACCACCAAUGUCAGUCCCUCCUUCAGGGUCAGCUCCAUCUACUUUAAAUUUCAACCCUGCCCUUUUCCCAUUCCCAUCUUCCAGCCUCACUUCUACAACAACUGAUUUGUAUGUCCAUGGGUCAUCCAUUAAUGCAUUCAGUCAUCAAAGUGACCCUAUGACACCAUUAUUGAGUGAAGCAGAGUUUGAAGAGAUUAUGAACCGCAACCAAGCAAUUUCAAGCACUGCUAUUUCCAAAGCUGUGUAUGACGCUAGUACAGGUUAGUCUGGGAUGGUUCAUU